AACUUCACAAGAAUUGCUUUAACCAUUCAACAUAAGAAACAAGAACAGGGUUUUUCUCAUCCGAGAACGAGCGCUCACCGAUUCGUCACAUCCUUUCAUUUUAGCUUUCCGUUAAUCUUUUGCUCGAGCAAACAACAUUAGUACGUAGCCAUAGAAUCUUUGUUCAAUCACUUUGUCAAGGUAAUAAACAGUAAAAGACACUACUACUACAGUAGUCAUUAUGACAAGCAUAAUUUAUCCUACACCAGGUGCUCUGCGAGAGAAAAUGAGGCUACAUCACAGGCAUCUCCUUUGGGAACUGCCAUUGAUUUAUCGAGGUGAAAGUGCACUAGUAAAAAGGGUAAAACAUAGGGUUGCCAGGAGUAAAGCAAGGGAACCACAAGCUGUGGCAUUUGAAGUUUCCACCGCAGCAUCAGAGGGUGGAAGCAAGUAUGAUGAAAAGCUGCUACAAAACUAUGUGCCACUUUAUGUAAUGCUCCCAUUGGGAGUGGUUACAGCUGACAACGUUUUUGAAGGUGGAGAGAAGCUCGAGAAGCAGCUUAAGGAUCUAAGAGCAGCUGGGAUUGAUGGGGUCAUGGUGGAUGUAUGGUGGGGGAUCAUAGAAGCCAAAGGCCCUAAGCAGUAUGAUUGGAGUGCUUAUAGGAGCUUGUUUGAACUUGUUAACAAAUGUGACCUAAAGAUACAAGCGAUAAUGUCAUUCCACCAAUGUGGUGGGAAUGUAGGGGAUGUUGUUUACAUCCCAAUUCCUCAAUGGGUACGUGAUAUUGGAGAAACAGAUCCUGAUAUCUUUUACACCAAUAGAUCAGGUAACAGAAACGAGGAGUACCUCUCCCUUGGUGUGGAUCACCAGCCUCUCUUUGGUGGGCGGACCGCCAUUGAGAUGUAUAGUGACUACAUGAAGAGCUUCAGGGAGAACAUGGCGGAUUUUCUUGAGGCUGGACAGAUAAUAGAUAUUGAAGUAGGUUGUGGGGCAGCAGGGGAGUUAAGAUAUCCCUCUUAUCCAGAAACUCAAGGAUGGGUUUUUCCUGGCAUUGGGGAAUUUCAGUGUUAUGAUAAAUAUCUCAAAGCAGAAUUCAAAGAGGCAGCAAAAAAUGCAGGCCACCCUGAAUGGGAAUUGCCAGAUGAUGCAGGGACAUACAAUGACAAACCUGACUCAACAGAGUUCUUUAAACAAAAUGGAACAUACCUUACUGAAAAGGGAAAGUUCUUUUUAACUUGGUAUUCCAACAAGUUGCUGACGCAUGGAGAUGAUAUCCUCGAUGAAGCCAAUAAAGCUUUUGUGGGAUGUAAAGUCAAAUUAGCAGCUAAAGUAUCUGGACUGCAUUGGUGGUAUAAACAUCAUAGUCAUGCUGCAGAGCUCACUGCAGGGUACUACAACCUGAAAGACAGAGAUGGGUACCGACCAGCAGCAAGGAUUCUAUCAAGGCAUCAUGCUAUUAUGAAUUUCACAUGUCUUGAGAUGAGGGACUCAGAACAAUCAGCAGAAGCUAAAAGUGGACCUCAGGAACUCGUUCAGCAGGUCCUCAGUGGAGCAUGGAGAGAGAAGAUUGAAGUUGCAGGUGAGAACGCACUUUCAAGAUACGAUGCUGAAGCUUACAAUCAGAUCCUUCUAAAUGCCAGGCCUAAUGGUGUCAACAAGUGGGGUCCUCCUAAACUGAGGAUGUUUGGGGUAACAUACCUUCGGUUAUAUGAUGAACUAUUUGAAGAAAAGAAUUUCAACCUGUUCAAGACAUUCGUCAGGAAAAUGCAUGCUGAUCAAGAUUACUGCCCAGACCCCAGCAAAUAUGGCCAUGAAAUAGGCCCGCUGGAACGAUCAAACCCACAGAUUCCGAUUGACGAUAUCAUAGAUGCAACGAAGCCGAUGAAGCCAUUCCCAUGGAAUAAACAAACAGAUAUGCCGGUUGAUGGAGCUGGACAAUUUGGUCUGCUUGGUGGUCUGAUAAACGGGAUCAAAUCCAUUUUCUUCAAGUGAAAACAUGGAAAAAUGCAGAGAGAAUAAUGAGAGUGAAGGAAUCAAAUUAACAUUCAAUGCUAAUAUGGAUUCCUUCUAGGGCUAUGAGUGAGCUUUCAAUGUAUCUGCUGUUUGAAUAAAUAAUACACAUUAUCUAUAUAUGGCUCACAUUAUCCAA